AUGUACAUGCUGUCCCUGGAGAACGAUGUGUUUAACCCUGACCACGCCAGGGUACACCAGGACAUGACCAGACCCCUGGCCCACUAUUUCAUCUCAUCCUCACACAACACCUACCUCACCAAGGAUCAGGUCACCAGUGCCAGCAGUGCCGAGCCAUACAUCAGGUUUGAAUACACACACAUGCACACACACAAACACACAUAUGAAUGCUCAUAGACACACACACAUAAACACACAUGCACACACGCAUAUGCAUGCACACGGGCAUACCCACAAACACACACACACACACCCUAAGAAUAUGCACUGUGUGAACCAGAGCUCUGAACCAGGGCUGUCGCUGUGUGGAACUGGAUUGUUGGGACGGGGACAAAGGAGAGCCUGUCAUCUAUCAUGGACACACCCUUACUUCUAAAGUGCCCUUCAAAGAGGUAAUCGAGACCAUCGCCCAGUAUGCCUUCAAGGUGAGCAAAUUAAUUUUUUAAUGAAAAGUAAAUAAAUAAUGAGUGAGCACACCUGGCCUGUAAGACUAUCUUAGUGGGUUGGGGGGAUGGUGGACAGAUGGUUGUGUGGUUUAUAGGGAGGCCAAAUGUUUCACCUUAACCAACAUGCCCAUAUGUGACUCUUUAUGGAAAGCAAAGUAUUCCUCAUCUAAACAAAAUAGAGUUAACAAGUAAAUAGCAGCAGGCCAAUGGAAGAAAACACAUCUAGACUGUUAACUUUCUGCCUCUGCUGACGUUCAGUUCAAGCUACAGUCAAUAUCUUGGCUCAGAGUCUAAUAAGACUAUAGGCUGUCCAACAGCUUCCUGGCUUAUUACCUAAGGAGCUUAUGGUUUCUCUUACAUUUGAAUGAGUGGCCUCUUAUGAACCAACCCUUGUUUUUUCCCGUAGGCCUCCCCGUACCCCCUGAUCCUGUCCCUUGAGAACCACUGUACGGUUGAGCAGCAGGCGGUCAUGGCCCGACACCUGCGCACCAUCCUGGGCGAGAGGCUGCUCACCAAGCCCCUCAACAACCAGCCUCUGAAGGACCUGCCCUCUCCUGAGGUACGACACACACCCCUGUCCCCAGCUCUCUACUCACCCCUGUCCCCAGCUCUCUACUCACCCUUGUCCCCAGCUCUCUACUCACCCCUGUCCCCAGCUCUCUACUCACCCCUGUCCCCUUCUGUCUAAGAAACCUGUUGUCCUUUUCUGCUCUCUCUCCCAUCCCUCGCAUGUUUACGGAACGAUUGUGGAAUAUUAACAGGAAUGUUAACAUAUGCUUUUCAGUGUUUUGAAGCAUCUUUGUCUUGCCUCUGCAGGAGCUGAGGGGUCAUAUCCUGGUGAAGGGGAAGAAGGAUGUUCAUCACCUGAGCCAGCUGGGGAAGACCAGCAGCUUUGAUACCAGCUCGGACGACGAGGCAUCAAGCAGCAACAAAAAGGACAAAAAGGACCCUGCCAAGGUGCUACACAUUUACCUUUCAUGUGACUGAGACGGCACUGUAAGUCUACAGAAAUUGAUUAGGAACAUAUUUCUCAUGUGCACUCUGUGUUGCUGGCUCAGGCGGUCUCAUCUAAGCUGAGCCCAGAACUGUCUGAACUGGUGGUGUACUGUCGAAGUGUCCCCUUCCGCGGGUUCCAACACUCCGCCCAGAAAACCACCCGAUGAAUUGUCAUCCUUCAAUGAGAAUGACGCCCUCAAACACAUCAAGGACACAGGCAAGGGGCUUUGGAAGACAUAACUCGAACAGAACAGUUUUCUGUGAAUCAGUUGCUGUUGAGAUCCUAUAAUGACUCAUAGUUCUUACUGGCACUGUAGUUGUAGAGAAAGUCAUUGUAUACACAGGUGCAUUUGUGCAUCAUGUUGUUGUGCAUAUUUGUGUGUGUGUCAGUCUUUUUAUUUGCGUUUGAGGUAUUGUGAUGGAUCUCUUACCCUCUCCUCUCAUCACCUUCCAGGAAAGCUGUUUGUCAGACACAACAGCAGGCAGCUGAGCCGGAUCUACCCCUCCGGGCAGCGGCCUCCAGUCCUCCAACUACGACCCCCAGGAUAUGUGGAACGGCGGCUGCUCGAUGGGUUAGCACUCUGGGCUGGAGGGGGGUGGGAGGUGGGGGGUGGGAUGGAGGAAGGAGUUGGUACAAGUGGCUCAUUUAUUUAACAUUAUCUAGCCUGGAAGUCCCUGGAGAUGGAAAGCUAUUUUACAUUGGGCCUCCACUGAGAGCAUUGCAAAUGUUUGGUAUGAGCCUCCUAUUCCUCACUCCGCUUGUCAUAAUAACUAACCUCACAUUGCUUCCUGGUAAAGUGUGUUCUGUUGUUCAUGUGUUGCGGUAUGUUGUUGUUGUCUCUUUUCACACUCCUGUCUGUCCUCUCUCUCUCUCUCUCCCUCUCCCUCUCUCUAUCUCUCUUUCUCUCUCUGCAGUGGCUCUGAAUUUCCAGACUCCAGGGGAGCAGAUGGAUCUGAACCAGGGCCGCUUCCUGCCUAACGGCCGCUGUGGAUACAUCCUCAAACCCAGCUUCCUGUGCAGCCCCAGCUCCAACUUCAACCCAGAGAUCACAGGAGGCGGGCCAGGUCACAUCCCCACACAGUUCACCAUACGGGUGAGAAACCUGCUGAGAAUCAGAUUCUGUUGUGGUGGUGUAUAUGUGGUAACUGCCUUGUUGGAAUAGUAGUGCACAUUUUAGUUAGCAGUGGUAUGGAAACAGACCAAGGUAGUAAACUACUUCACCUUAUUAGUCAUUUUGUAAAAUCAUUUGAAUAAUUUUCAUACUAGAAUUUGAUAUACAAAGUCACAAAAAGUAAUUAGGGGGAUUUUGUGUUCAGAUAAUAUCAGCACAGCAGCUUCCUAAGAUCAACACAGACAAGCCCAACUCCAUUGUGGACCCGCUGGUGUGGGUGGAAAUUCACGGGGUGGCCAUUGAUAAUUCCAGAGACAAAACCCACCGAAUCGACAACAAUGGUAACCUUCCACUCAUCUAGUGCACAUCUAUUAUACUCCCCUUAAAGAAAUGGAUAACAAGGGUUGUAUACACCCUUGAGUUCACAAAUGAACCAUAUUAGAAAUAUAAUUAGAAGAGCAUAAUAGUACUAGGAACAUUUGACAUUUUACCAUGAAUGAACAUAAGUAUUCCAGGGCACCUGUAUGACUCCCACCACCCACGGCACUAUUCCAGACAGAAAAUUGAUCAGGAACAUUAUUCCGCACUCCCAUAUUUAUCUUUACCAUAAUGAUGAUGAAACAUGAUAGAUACCCCAGCUACUCCAUUAUCUUUGCUCAGUGCAGUUAUUCUGAGACAUGCGAGUACCAGAAAAUGAUACUUCCCGUGUAGAGCUCCAUUAUCCCGGUCUGUGGAGUAGUUUCAGGCUGUGAAUGGUGGUGGAUGGCAGUGUCUGACAGCUCUCCUAUGCCCCCUGCAGGUUUUAACCCACGCUGGGACAGCACUUUGAGCUUCCAGCUGCAGGUCCCUGAGCUGGCCCUGGUACGCUUUGUAGUGGAAGACCAUGACCACAAAGCCAAGAACGACUUUGUGGGCCAGUACACCUUGCCCUUCACCAGCCUCCGCACAGGUACUAGGAGACUGUCUCUGUAUUGUAGGCGUGUUUGUGGAGAUAGUGUGUCUGUGUGUGACACUGACACCAGUAACUCUAUUUCUCUCUAGGUUACCGCCAUGUCCACUUGCUGAAGGCAGAUGGCUCCAGCCUCUCUCCUUCCACCCUUUUCAUCCAUGUCAAGGUGUCCCGUAAGGGGGUCCCCAUCAAGACUGUGUCCGAGCGCAUGGCCUUGGCCAAGAGUAAGGGCAAAGCAUGACCCCCAUCUACCUGAACUAGUGCCACACCUAUCUGAUAAGCGUCAUGCUUAUUUCAUCUUGGGGGGGGGGGAGUCUCCCUAAUUGGGGUGAAAAGGACAAGCUGCUGCCUGCCUAUGUACCAGUGCUCAUCUCAUACACCCAAUUUAGAGUUGGCAGGACCUAUAAGGCUCCCUGGCUACAGAGGGGAAGACAUCAGUCCUCCUCAGUCAAACCUGGAUGGGAGUCUUGCCGAAUAUGUUGGCUGUUGCUGUUGUGAGAGUAUUCUGUACUCUGUCGUCAGUGUAUUCAGAGUGUUCGUGUCUGUUUCCAUAGAGACAUGACUCUGGCACUGACCUGUUUUACACCAGAACUCUACCUGGCAGCCGUCUGCUUAUAAUGAAGCCGAUAUAGAGUUUUUAUUUCACUCAAAGCCACGUCUGUGUCCUGGAGUCCCUGUAGCAGAUCAUUAAGAUGUUUCCCUUUUUUUUUUUUACAUAUUUAAAGUUAAGAAAUAUUGAACUUUUUUGCUACUUUUAGCUGAUGUGUGGUGAGCGUUCUGGCACAAAAAUGCAUCACCCAGGUGGGUGCCGCACAUUGAUGGUGGAUGAGGUGAGUUUCCCCCUACUAUGUAAAGCUCUUUGAGUACCUCAGUU